CAACUUAACUUUUACUCAUUUUCCAGAAACUAAAACCGAUCCGAUCAAAUAAAACCGAAAAUGUCGGGGUCAUCCAGCAUCGUAGCAAUGAAGAAAAUUGUCCAACAGCUACGUUUUGAAGCGGGAAUGAGCCGAGUAAAGGUGUCCCUGGCCGCGGCUGACCUACAGCAGUUUUGUCUCCAGAACGCCCAGCAUGAUCCGCUGCUCACCGGUAUGUCCUCCAGUAACAACCCGUUCAGACCUCAGAAAGUAUGCUCCUUCCUAUAACGGCGACGCCUUGGGCCCCGUCUUUAGAGUGUGGUCCAUCUUGAAGAUGGGUUGGAAUCACCUCAAUUGGAAUCACCUCAAGAGUGUUAGGGAAAUUUGCAACUAAUUAUCUUCUUAACUUUUGUUAAUAAAUACAAACACUGAAAAAACAACAGUAAACAUCUUCAGGUACUUCCAAGACAAGUUUUAUGCAUGAUUAACAACUUAUAAGGAGUUGGGGAGGAGUCCUUUGUUUUCUCAUGUGUCCAAGUCAGAACCUACGCUGUCGUGCAGUUGUAAUUACAGUCAAUAUUUGUUUGGAAAACAUUUCCAGGCUAUAAAUAAUUGACACAUUUCAAUUGCAAUGGUAACAUAACGGGCUUUGUGCGGCUAUUGUUAUGCCACUGCACAUCCCAUUUGUAACCUCAUAAUGUGAUAAUUACGACGUUAUAUCAAAGACUCCUAAGUCAGAAAUAAAGAAAAACACAUCAACUAUAAAACUAACAAAGUGAGCCUCUAUGCCGCUGAUCUUUUUUGCUGCUUCGCCGACUCUAACCCAGAAAUGCCAUUGUGUUGUGUGCAUCGUCAAUUGUGGACUUUCUGUGCAUAAAAAAUAACUAACCAUAUACAACCCCCCCCCCCCCCAACAUGCCUUGUUGUGCAGUUGCCAUUGCUGACUUAAAAUAAAUGUUCACACAUUUC